CGUUCGUGUGUGUUGUCCUUCUUGUUGUGUUGAUUCACACGGUAGCUCUGACGUCAAACUCAUUGCAAAUACGGGAGUGUACAAGUAGUUUGUUAUACUGUACUGGUUUUUAAACGAAGUCAGAUUUGCAUAAUUUUGGUAUUCAUCGGCACGAACGUCGUGACUUUUUAUUAUCGCUGAAAUAGAGGCACAAAUUGACUGACGACGUUGUCUGCCACCGUAACUAACAGGACAGAAUACUCGGUUGGAGUUAGAGAGGGGCAACGUCGGUGUUAGGGUGGUGAAAACGAGGGCACGACAAGCACUGUAAGACCAAAGGCAUUAAGUAGUUCUGUAUUGGAGACGAUUCCGUACCCUCUUCGACUAAUUUAUUGGUAUGUAGAAACUCCCAUGGCAACCACAACACUUACAAAUGCGGAGAUGAAGGAGGCUUUGAACAGGCUUGGAAAACAUCUCCGAGAAUGGGACACCUAUGUGAAACGAGACUUGGGUUCCAUCGCUAGACGUGUAAAAGAACUGGACUACAGCAUACAAGAUUGCAACCCUGCGGCUAUGGAAAGGAAAUCGCGGGAAAAUAUCAACAAACUGAAAAUCCCUACAUCGGUGAUAAGUCCACCUAAAGAUGCAGUCGUCGAUAAAGACAACAUCGAUAAAUUGGGUCGUAUUAUCGCGAGUUACUACUGGCGUGUGGGGUUGAAACUAGGGGUGAGGAAGGAUAAACUAGAGAAAAUAAGAACACUGUGCAGAGACAACGACGUGAAAGCGGCGACAGACACGAUCAGCGCCUGGGCAACUAAGCAGGGCAAAGAAGCCACUGUUAAAACACUUGCCAAAGUAGUGGAAGAAUUUGACGUAAAUCUGGGAGAAAAUAUAAAGGAAAUGCAAACAAUUAAUCCUGUCACUGACGUCGCUACGUACCAGCCACGUCACAUUUACGAUCUUCUCGGAGAAGAAGACAUAUUUGCACUUUCUGUGAGACUAAAGGACAAUUACAAGGACGUCGCUGAGAAACUGGGAAUCAGUGCGGAUGCCUUGGAUAAGGAAGGCGACGAAAACAAGAACACGGACAGCAUCAAUGGAGCUCGUGGAAUGCUUCGAUUGUGGAGGGUUGCGGAGAAGGGGAUGUGUACGUGGUCUCGACUCAUCGAAGGUAUUAAAAAGGUGGAUGAAACUUCAGCUGAUGCAGCCGAUAGGAUACGAAAACAAGGUCCUCUUGACGACACAGCAUUGGAGGAGCUGACGUCACGGCUAGGCAUUGAAUGGGAGGCCUUUGGAAUACGACUUGGAUAUACACAAAAACAGUUAUCACUUUAUAAAUCGGACAACGUAACAAGACAAGGUGCAAUGGUUGAUAUGCUCAAACAUUUUGUGUCAAAAAAUGGCAACGAAAGUCACUCCAAAGUUUGUGGUGCACUGCGUGAUACAGAAAGGAGAGAUUUGGCAGUCCUGUGUGCGGGGAAAUAGACCAUAAUGCACUGCGGUCAAGUUAAGCUACGAGUAUUACUCUCGUAGUGACAUUAGGCUGCCAAUGGGAGCCAGGGUUCAGAGGUCACAGGCUCUCAUCGAACAUAACAAUUUUACAUAAAUAAUUCGUGAAGGAUGACGUCAUUAUUAACGUACACACAGAUGUCCGCAAUAAAAGACAACAUUGAUAAUAAUAAUAAUAAUAAUUUAUAUUGAAAUAUACCCAAAAAUGUUUUCAUUGCUUCUAUUCUCACCUCAUAAUGAUUAUAGAUAAUACACAUAAGUAUAAAAUCAUUUUUAUAUAAUAUGUGACAAUCGACAAUGUUUUUUACGAUAAUAAAAUAAGAAGUUGGAAUAUAA